AUGGCCCGAGUCUGGUUCACCACUGGUUCUUCUCGAGGCGUUGGCCGCGCCUUGGUCGAAAAGAUCCUCGAGUCAGGCGAUGUCGUCGUCGCAACUGCUCGCAACCCAUCUCAGCUCGACGACGUUGUCGCCAAGUAUGGAUCCGAUAAGAUCCUUGCAACCGCUCUUGAUGUAACAGACUUCGAACAAGCCAACAACGCAGCCAAUGCAGCUAUUGACAAGUUUGGCCGCAUCGACGUGGUCGUCAACAACGCCGGCUACGCAGACAUGGCAUCAAUCGAAGAUGCAGACAUCAAAGGCUUCCGUGAGCAGGUUGACGUCAACCUCUUCGGAGUUGUCAACGUUACAAAAGCCAUCGUGCCUAUCAUGCGCAAACAAAAGUCCGGCCAUUUUAUCCAAGUCUCAAGUGUCGGAGGCCGCGUCGGUACACCCGGAGCAGCAGCCUAUCAGAGUGCCAAAUGGGCCGUAGGAGGAUUUUCAACUGUUCUAGCACAAGAAGUGGCCCCCUUCGGUGUCAAGGUUACAGUCGCUGAACCUGGUGGCAUCAAGACUGAGUGGGCCACCACCGCCACUGAGACAGCCAAGGUCAGCGAGCCUUAUGAGCAGACUGUCGGCCAGAUGAUUCAACUGGUCAAGAGACACUCAACGUGGACUGAGGCAUCUGAGAUAGCUAGGGCUAUUAUUCACCUUUCAAAUGUGGAGGAUCCCCCAUUGAGAAUCAUCCUGGGCAAGGAUGCGCUUCAAUAUGCUCAUAUGGCGGCCAAGGCACUUGCUGAGUCUGAUGAGAAGUGGGACAGUGUCUCAAACCUGGAGUUCUGA